AGAGCAGGAGAGAUACCGGCAUAGGACGUGAAAAGCUUUCUAGCCAUAAGGAUAGAUCCUCUUAAGGGGAAAAACUGGCCAAAUAGUGCGUAAAAAUAUCUCUUAAUCACGAUUUUUGUGGUUGUAACGGCUCACCUGAAAGAGGCUGUUCACCAAGACCAAGCAAGUUGAAAUUGUUUGGAAGUUUACCCUUUAUUGAGAAGACAAUCAGGCUGCACGGUGGCCCCUAUUGUCAUUUUGUAAUUUCCCAGAAGUUGGAGUGAGAGCCUAGCUUGGUGCUUGGUCCGGAUUUGAGAGAGUCGUGACGAGGAGGGGGGACAGGUUGCCUGUAAUCUCAGAGGGAGCGGUGACAAGCUGUGAUUUGUAGAGCGACGAUACCCGCCGGGACCGGGACCCUAACACCGCUCCAGACAGACCAGCACCACGGGGGUGAAAACACAGCCCAUCCGACCUGCUGCCCGCUAGAUCCCGGGGAGGAGAGAGAGGGAGAGACGGCAGGCACAAAGAGCGGAGAGCAUCCAGAGGGAGGAGGACGGGACGUGAAGCGCGCUGAGGAGGACGACAACGGGGACCGGAGGAGCGCAUCCCUCUUUUUAUUUGUGAUUUGCACAGAGGAGUCUGGCUGUACGAGCCCUCUGAAAACGCUUCCACUGGCCUCGGUUCCUCCUCUCCACUGAUACCUGUUCAGCCCACAUCCCUUCAGUCCCCAAAUCCCUGCGGCCCCCAGUCGCCCUCUCUGCUCUGUCCUGAUGAAGGAGGCCGACGCCAUCAAGCUGUUUGUGGGGCAGAUUCCCCGGAAUCUGGAGGAGAAGGACCUCAAGCCCAUCUUUGAGCAGUUUGGCAAGAUCUAUGAAUUAACUGUGAUAAAGGACAAAUACACUGGCAUGCACAAAGGAUGUGCGUUUCUGACGUACUGUGCGAGGGAGUCAGCGCUGAAAGCCCAGAGCGCCCUACAUGAGCAGAAAACACUACCAGGGAUGAAUCGGCCAAUCCAGGUGAAACCAGCCGACAGCGAGGGGAGAGGAGAGGACAGGAAGUUGUUUGUGGGCAUGCUGGGAAAGCAACAGAGCGACGAUGACGUCAGAAGGCUGUUUGAGCCCUUUGGCAGCAUAGACGAGUGCACUGUGCUGAGAGGACCUGACGGCACCAGCAAAGGGUGUGCGUUUGUAAAGUUCCAGGGACACGCUGAAGCCCAGGCUGCCAUCAAUAGUUUGCACGGGAGCCGCACACUGCCUGGAGCGUCGUCCAGUCUGGUGGUGAAGUUCGCUGACACAGAGAAGGAGCGGGGGCUGAGGAGGAUGCAGCAGGUGGCCUCCCAGCUCGGCAUCUUCAGCCCCAUGACCCUCAACUUCCCCGCCUACAACGCCUACACACAGGCCGUCAACGCACAGGCGCUGGUCCAACAGCAGGCCCUGGUUGCCCAGUCAGCGUACUUGUCUCCCGUGGCAACAGUUGCCGCCGUACAGAUGCAGCAGAUGGCGGCGCUCAACGCCAAUGGAAUCAUCGCCACACCCAUUACACCCAUCACACCGUCCUCGGGUACAAACACCCCACCCACCAUCGCAGCAACACCUGUGCCAGCACUCCCUCCCCCAAUAGGGGUCAAUGGUUACAGCAGUGUGCCCGCCCCCACCAACGGACAACAAGCCACAGAAACACUAUACACCAAUGGCGUCCACCCAUAUCAAGCCCAGAGUCCAGCAGCAGCCCUGGACCCCUUACAGCAGGCGUACGCAGGCAUGCAACACUACACAGCGGCGUACCCUGCUGCAUACGGAUUGGUUGGGCAGCCGUUCCCACAGCAGCCAACCCUGGUUGCCCAGCAACACCAGCAGCCCCAGCAACAGCAGCAGAGAGAAGGUCCGGAGGGCUGUAACAUCUUCAUAUACCACCUGCCUCAGGAGUUCAGUGACUCCGAGAUGCUGCAGAUGUUCCUGCCCUUUGGCAACGUCAUCUCGGCCAAGGUGUUUGUUGACCGCGCCACCAACCAGAGCAAAUGCUUCGGCUUUGUGAGUUUCGACAACCCAGCCAGUGCUCAGACUGCCAUCCAGGCAAUGAAUGGCUUCCAGAUCGGCAUGAAAAGACUGAAAGUGCAGCUCAAAAGGCCCAAAGACGCCAACCGUCCGUAUUGAGAAGCUGCUGAGAAGAGAAGUAAAGAGAAAGAUAGGUGAAGUUUAAGACUCCAGUCGAGGUGGAAUCCCAGGGUUCAUUGUGCUUUCAGACUGUCUCCUGCCUUUGAGCGUCGGGGGAGUGCAGACACACACAUACACAUAGACAUACUCACAUGCAGACACACACACACACACACACACACACAUAACGCGCUCUCCAAACCGAACCUCAAACGGUACAAGGAUGAUAUACAAAUGUACAUAAAGUGCACAAACACACAAACUGCACACACCCACUGACACAAACACACACAAGUUCACACAAGUCAGUAAUCUUAGCCGUACAGCUGACAGCUCAGUUUGGCCGUGGUCUGUGCUGAGUUUGCCAACAGGGUGUUUAGUGCAGUUAAGAUAACUCAGACCAACGGUGUAUGGAAGGUACUGACGAAUAAUGCUGAUAUAUCACUUCAAUAGACUAUAACAUGUCUAUACCAUGUCUAUUACAUGACAAAUAUAGAGGGACCGACGUUUCAUAAUAAAUUAAAAAAAAGAAAAUACAAAAAAGAAGGCUAAAUGAGUAGGUUAGAGAGACUUUGGAAAAAAUCCUAAUGACCUGUAAAUAAUUUAGUUUACAAAGAGCAGCAUUUAAAAAAA